AUGAUAAGACUUGGCUUCCAAAGCUCGCUAGCUAUUCUACUGUCAGUCGUGGGGGUUGCUUUCUUUCCAGGCCUAGCCAUAUUAGGUAAUGGAACUAAAUUUUAUAUUAUUUAAAAUCUAUUUUAACGUCAUUUUUAGCUAAAAUUCCUAAUCAGAUAAUAACUAGUCGCCGUAUUUUUGAUGAAAAGAAUAUUUUCAGUUAUUUAUCAACACUUUACGUUUACGCUGCCCCUUCAAUGGACUCUCACAACAGCUCUUCUGUUCAGUUUUAAGGUAAAAUCAAACUGAGAGCUGAAGUCUUUCUCACCAGAAAGACCACUGAAAGUGACUUCAUUUUUACAUUUAUCUCCCUUUGGCAAACAGUUUUGUAGCAGUUGAAUACCCAUUAUUGAAAUUCAAACAUAAAAGCAAGAAAUUGAACAAAAUUAAUUUUUAGGUUAUUCUCGGCACCGCAACUGUACUGUUAGUCGUGGUAACAUACGCUGACUUCGUAUUUCCAAAAAUUAUGAGGACAAUCGAAUCUUUCUUGAGUCGUGUACGUGUAGAAUAA